AUGGAGCCCGACCUGUCUGGGAUGGAGAAGAAAGUCUCACAAAUGGGGAGAGAAGCGUUGUCCAAACGUGUCGAGGAGCUCAGGAGGUCCAAUGAAUUCCUGCUGGCAGAGAAUGACAUGUUUGAACGUUUCAUCAGUCGCCUGGAUCCUCGGGACCUGGCGCCUCCGGCAGCAGAGGGUAUCAGGGGAGCAGGGGCGUCCCAGCUGGACGUUGGGGGUCAUGCAAGGAGGCAGAGAUCCCAGUCCAACAUGUCGGAUCGCCUCCAGCAGCUGACCUUGGAGCAAAAAUGUUAUGUGGCACAGAGGGAAGUGGAGGAGACACAAAAAGACCUGGAGAAACUCAAGCGCAGAUCCGAGCUAACCCAGGACAAUUAUAAGGCCACUCUGGAGGAGGCAGAAAUUCGUCUGGCAGAAAUCAGGAGGGCCAAGUGUGAUUUUGAGCGCGAUGUGGUGAAACCUCUGAGGGAGAAGAAAGCGGACAUGAUGGGACCGGAGAAGGUGCUGCGCUACAUCGAGAACAAGAUCAAGUCCAAGAGCACGCAGGUGGAUAAGCUACGUCUGAAGAACCAGGCACUGAGGGUGCAGGCCAGAAAGCUGCAGCUGCAGCUCAAACAGAAGAAAGAGAAGGAGGACACCGUGCAUGAGACAGAUUUCUGGCAGUAUCAGGAGCAGAGUGACAACCAAGACCUGGAUCUAAUGCAAGCCCAAAAAAAUGCCGUUAAGGCACAGCAGACCCUCAAUUCAUGCAAGGAGAAGCUGCAGACUGUGUCAUCUGAGUGCAAACAGCUGAGCUGUGACAUCACCAGUAGGAAGGAGAUGCUAGUGAAGAUUGAGGAGGAGACUCAGCGUGUUGAAGAGGAGCGUUCAAAGGCAGAGGCCCUCAACAAAAAGCUGCGCAGGCGACUUACAGAUUACCAUGUGCCAGAUGUUCUUGAAUACAUACGUGUCAAGGACAAAAACAAGGAGCUGGAGCGCAGCCUCAAGACCUGGGAGAGGAAGGUUGAGAUUGCCGAGAUGGCCUCGAAGACCAACACCAGGGCCUGGGACAAACAAGUAGCAGCUCUUGUUUCUGGAGACAAUGCUGAGGCAGGAGCUGGAUCAGGGGCGUACCAAUCCACGGUCAGGUUUCCUAACAUAGGUGAACCCUGGACUUCAGCAAGACACCCCAGCAACUAG